GGAGAGGAGAGGGGGGAGAUAUAAGUAGGAGAUACAAGAUCCUCGGGAUUAUACGAGUAUAUUCGAUUCAGUGCGCCGCAGCUCCAUGUCAGUUGCGCCGGACUUCCAUGCAUGUGCGCCGUACCUCCAUGUCAGUGCGCCGCACCACCCAAGUGCGUUCGAGAUCCGCUCCGACAUGUCCUCCAAGCACAUUCCUUCAAGUGCCCAUCUUCGAAAUGCGGACCCUCCUUCUCCUCCUCCCUUCCGCUCCUCACUCCGCUCCCCGCUCCCCUCUGCCCCGCUCCCCACUCCCUCUCACCGCCCGACCUCCCGCCGCGCCCCCCACUCCCACUCGUUCCCCCUCACUCCCACUCGUUGCUCCCUCACUCCCACUCGUUCCCCCCUCACUCGCAGGACCGCUCCCGCCUCUCCUUCUCAUGACUCCCCCUCCCCUUCGCCCGCGCCCUCACCCCCGUUUCUUUCCCCUCGCUCGUUCUCCGCCUCGGCCCCGACGCGUCCUGCGUUGUCGAGAUCGCCCCUCGCUCGUGCUCCGCCUCCCCCCACGCCGCCCGCCCGCUCGUCCGAUUCUUCCCCCCUCGUUCGUCCGAUUCUUCCCCCCUCGUUCGUCCGUUUCUUCUCCCCUCGCUCGUCCUCCUGAUCGCUUCCCGUCCUCUGUCCCCCUCGGCGCGUCGUCAAACUCGCUCGUUCUCCGCCUCCCCCCACGCCGCCCGCCCGCUCGUCCGAUUCUUCC